AUGGGGCGGGAGCGGCUUGUGUGGCUCACCUGGGUGGCUCUGUGGAGCGGGACCUGCGCCCAGGCGAAGACGAUCCAAGGGGGCUUGUCCAGCGCUGCGGCCAGAGCCCGGGCCGGUCAAGUGGUGGCGCAGUUCCAGUUCCACGGUGAUUGUGCUCUUCUGUAUGUCAGAAUCAACAACGUAGCAACAGCUGUUGGAAAAGAAGCCAAGUUUCACCUGUUUCAAGCUAAGGAAUGGCUGAAACUACAGGAAAGCUACCAGGAAUACAGCUGUAAAGAAAAAUUGUCUAAAGCUCAGCUGAUAAUGAACAUGAACGCCACAGAACAAAAUCUGACGGUGUCCCAAGUUCCCUAUCCAGACACAUGGUAUGUGUUUUAUGUCGACAAGUUUACCUGUGUGGAGAAUUAUGAGAAAUCUGAAUCCGAGGACAUUCAAUUUGAAAUGAUGUUACUAAACCCAGACGCAGAAGGGAAUCCAUUAGAUCACUUUAGUGCAGGGGAAUCGGGCCUACAUGAGUUCUUCUUCCUGCUUGUCUUGGCGUACUUUGUCGCUGCUUGCAUAUAUGCUCAGUCAUUGUGGCAAACUAUUAAGAAAGGAGGACCUAUGCACACAGUAUUAAAAGUGCUGUCCACUGUUUUGCUGUUGCAAGCUGCUUCUGCUCUUGCGAACUAUCUGCACUUUUCCAGUUACUCUAAAAAUGGAGUAGGAGCACCUUUUAUGGGAAGCCUUGCAGAGUUGUGCGACAUAAUCUCCCAGAUGCAGAUGCUGUACCUGCUGCUGAGUUUGUGUAUGGGAUGGACGAUAGGCAGAAUGAAGAAAUCUCAGAGCAAACCUCUCCAGUGGGAUUCUACUCCAACAUCCACUUCUAUUGCUUUAAUUGUUGUUGUGACACAGAGUAUUUUACUAAUUUGGGAGCAGUUUGAAGAUACUAAUCACCACAGCUACCACUCACACCAAAGUUUAGCAGGUGGACUUCUCAUUGGUUUGAGAAUUUGCCUCGCUCUGUCACUAGGUUGUGGACUUUACCAGAUCAUCCGAAUUGAGAGAAGUACACUGAAAAGAGAAUUCUAUAUCACCUUCACAAAGGGCUGUAUACUUUGGUUUUUGUGUCAUCCAUGUCUUGUAUUUAUAUCUCUAAUGUUUAGAGAUUACCAGCAAGAGAAGAUUAUUACCAUAGGCGUCAUCCUCUGCCAGUUGUUCUCCAUGGUCCUUCUGUAUCGACUCUUUGUUUCCCACAGUCUUUAUUGGGAAGUGUCCUCCUUCUCCUCGGUUACAUUGCCACUAACCGUAGCAUCUGGCCAUAAAAGUCGGCAUCAUUUUUGAGAUGUGUUUGGGAGAUUCAUUGAUAAAGGUGCAAUAAUAAAGACUUGGAAACUGUGCAGCUAUUUUCAGAAGUAAAUCUACAGAGGUUUUCCUGAAAGAGCUAAAUAAUUAAAAUGCAGCAUUUCACUGUCACUGGACCACAACAAGUAUAGAAAUGAGGUGAAUUGGAUUUAAAAUAGUGACAAGCAAAUAUGAUUGUACUAUUUGGGACAAAGACAAAGCAAAUUCUGACCCACAGUACUUUCACUCCAACACUGCCUCAUUUGAUAUUAGAGCGAGAGCCACAUUUCAAUAACAAGAAGCUUAAACUGAUUGCAUUGAACAGGUCUGCAGUUAAAAUAAUGGUUUAAAAUUUGAAACAAAAUGUUUGUGCAUAAAGUUAAAAGGGCUUGAAAACUGUAAUAGAUCCAAGAAAACCAGUGUAAAAUGUUUACAGUAAACUGUAGUUCUCAUUUAUUUGUUGUUGUUUUUAAAUAAAAGAGCACUUUCUUGCCUUGA